AGGGAGAGAGAGAGAGGGGAGAUUGGAUCUUGCUUGGUUUCAGAGGAAGCAAUAUGGUGGAAUCCGGGUCUUGGACUCCUGGACUGAUUUCUUUUUUCCUUGGCUUCACUCUUGUGUUUGUUUCAUGGGUAUAUGCGGAGAUACUUGAGUACAAGAAAUCAUCUUCUCCUUCAAAAGUGCACUCAGAUGUCAAUCUGGAAGAGCUAGGAAAUGUAACAGUCAAGGAAGAUGAUCGGGCUGUCUUGCUUGAAGGAGGUCUUUCAAAAUCAGCAUCUGCAAAAUUUCAGAAUUCAUCUGUCCGAGCAAAUUUAAUCAGGUUCAUGAAAAGGGAUGAAUCAUUUUUCCUUGAGAAUCGAGCAUUAUUGAGAGCCAUGUCGGAAUUCGGUGCAACUCUAAUUUACUUCUACUUAUGUGAUCGGACUAAUCUGUUCUCAGAAUCUAGAAAGAGUUACAGCCGUGACCUUUUUCUUUUUCUCUACUUCCUUCUUAUCAUAGCUUCAGCCAUGACUUCUCUCAAGAAGCACCAUGAUAAGUCAGCAUUCUCUGGCAAAUCCAUACUUUAUUUAAAUCGGCAUCAAACUGAGGAAUGGAAAGGUUGGAUGCAGGUAUUAUUCUUGAUGUACCACUACUUCGCUGCCACAGAAUUAUAUAAUGCAAUACGUGUGUUUAUUGCUUCUUAUGUUUGGAUGACUGGAUUUGGGAACUUCUCUUAUUACUACAUACGAAAGGAUUUUAGCCUUGCUCGGUUUGCUCAGAUGAUGUGGCGCCUGAAUUUCUUUGUGGCCUUUUGUUGCAUUCUUCUGAACAAUGACUACAUGCUGUAUUAUAUCUGUCCCAUGCACACACUUUUCACCCUAAUGGUAUAUGGAACGCUUGGCAUUUUUAAUAAAUAUAAUGAGAUCAGAUCAGUAAUGGCUGUGAAGAUCAUCUCCUGUUUUUUGAUGGUGAUUGUGAUUUGGGAAGUUCCAGGAGUUUUUGAUCUUCUAUGGAGUCCUUUGACUUUUCUAGUAGGAUACAAAGAUCCAGAUCCUUCGAAAGCAAAUCUUCCUCUCUUGCAUGAGUGGCACUUUCGAUCUGGCCUUGACCGUUAUAUCUGGAUCAUUGGAAUGAUAUAUGCUUACUUCCAUCCAAAUGUUGAAAGAUGGAUGGAAAGAUUAGAAGAAUCAGAAACCAAGCUGAGACUGACGAUCAAAGCAAUCAUUGUUUCUGUUUCUUUGGUGGUUGGUUACUUGUGGUAUGAAUAUAUCUACAAGCUAGACAAGCUUACAUACAACAAGUUUCAUCCUUACACUUCAUGGAUCCCCAUCACCGUUUACAUUUGUCUGCGAAAUUUCACACAGCAGCUACGUAGUUAUUCUUUGACUCUAUUUGCGUGGCUUGGCAAAAUCACCUUGGAAACCUAUAUAUCCCAGUUUCAUAUAUGGCUGAGGUCAAACAGGCCUAAUGGUCAGCCCAAAUGGCUUCUUUCUUUCAUUCCAAAUUACCCACUGCUGAAUUUCAUGCUCACGACUGCAAUUUAUCUCUUUAUAUCAUAUAGGGUCUUUGAUCUCACAAAUUCACUAAAGGUAGCUUUUGUCCCAAGUAAAGACAACAAGCGACUAUUGCAAAAUUCUAUUGCUGGAGUAACUAUUUCCAUAUGCUUAUACUGCAUAUCCUCAGUGCUUCUGUUCAUUCCUAGUCCAUGGUCAUGACAGAUGGUAUCUGGAUGUUAAAGAAGAGCUUGAAUCUUUUGGUUUGAGAUAUGGUCGUCCUAUACGUGGAAAGAAUUCUUUAUCGUCUUAAGCCAACAAUGAACUUCAGCACAUUCGUGGAGAAAGAAUGGAGCUGUUCAUUCGAAGAGGUGGUUUUUGUUGGGACGUGGGAGAAUGUAAAUUCUCUGGUAGUUCGCAUAUCUAUGUAUUCUUGUAGAUGACCAUUCAUCAUCUCUUGUUAAAGACACAAUGAAGGGGCUAAUGGCCUUGGUACAUGCUUUAUUUUUUCCAGAAAUAAGAUAAAAAUUAUUUAACGUCAA